GGGUGAAGCGUCACCAUUGUGCUAUUGGCCAGUUGAGAUGUCAGUCAAGGCGCGUCUGCUGGCGAGUUGAACUGAAUGACAGCCCCGUGCUUCAGCAGUGUAUGUACCAAACAAAAUGGGAAUUAUAUCCAGUUAACGCACUCUAGCCACAGCUUUUUUUUAAACGUAGUGGCAGAUAAUUAAAGACCAGUUUUGAGAAGAUCUGUUUCAUUCUAAAUCAAGUUGUGAUUGAUAGAAGUGAACUUAAGACAAAAAGAGUUAGUGGUUUAGUCACGAAUGGCUUUCGAUUCAGUUGGCAGCGACAGAGGCGGAGGUGAGGCUGCGUGGAUCAUGCAUCAGCAGAUGCAGUCUGAUCCUAAGUCAUCCUGGCCUUCCAGCUACAACUCGGAGAACAAUAACUGGAACAACGGCAUGGAAUCUCAGUAUCCUGGCUACUCAAAUUAUUGGUACCCCCAGUCACACACAGCAGGACCUUACGGCAACUCGUACCCCCCUGGAACAGAGGUCAACGGACAGGCAUCAUACAAUCACCAGGCAAUGUCAGCCUAUCCCAAUGGGGUGUACAGUCCAGCACAAUACUCCACGAGUAUGCUACAUCCUUCCAAUCCAUUCUACUGCAGUGACCAGGUUCCUUCAAGACAACCUCAGUAUCACAACCAGACCUGCCCUGAACAAAAUGUGAGGGGCUCGGCUCCUCCCCCUUACCCUGUACCUCACUGCCAAGGGGCUCCUGGCUACCCAGCAGGAUCUUACCCACACUAUGGAGAAGGAUGCCCUCCAAAUGCCCCCUACCCCAACCAGCAGCCCAUGCUCUCACGACCCCAGCAUGAAGCCUGGUCCCACUCUGGAGGGUAUGGGCCUACGCCGCCCCAACAGCAGUGGCCGUCCAAUACCCAGACACCCCACGGCCACUACGGCAACCAUGUACGACCACCUCACCCCCCGCCGUGGCAAGGACCUGCACCGCCUCCAUAUGAACACAAGGAUCCACCAUAUCACAGUCAGCCUCAUAUGCACCCUCGAAACCAGCCUCCAGGCUCCAAACCACGUGCCAGCACUCCAAACCCAACUCCACCACCACCCAAACCCGCCCAGUUCAGUGCUCCACCUCAAAUCUACACCAAGGGUCCCUCUGGAGGUGGAGGACCUGAGAUCAAACCAGCCCAGAAUGAACAACCUCCAACGUCUUCCCGCCCAGGGUCGUCCACCCCAGCCCCAUUAAGUGAUAAUCCCGGCCUGGCUCGAGUUCAUCUGGUUCUGGCUAGAGUUCAGCUCCUCCAAGAGGAUGUGGAUGAGUUUGUGGGGAAAAAGACGGAAAAGAGCUACCGGUGUCUGGAGGAACUUUUGACAAAAGAGCUGCUGGAAUUGGACUCGGUGGAAACCAAUGGGCAGGAUGUCGUUCGACAGGCUCGCAAAGAGGCCGUUCAGAAGAUCCAGGCCAUCUUAGACCGCCUUGAGAAAAAGGCUUUUUAAUAACAGGGUGGAAUGAUGAUGGUUCUGGAUGUUCUUUUGUUGCUUAUUCUUUUUAAUGAUCUUUUCUCAUGAUCAGAGAAUAGGAUUUUCAGUUUCCCAGUUAGUUGCAUUAAAUUGAAAAAUGUUUUUGGGUCAUGUAUCCUAAUGACGGUAAUGUAUUAGUCAAAAUACAGGCGCAAUAUGUCCUAAUCAUUGCAGUGCCAUACUCGAAACAGCCUUCUGCCAUCCAGCAGUCUGACAUCUACUCAUGUCAGAUUAAACAUAAGUCUCAUUGCAUAACACGUCUUAAGAUUUUCUUUUUUUUUUUUUUUUCUUGAGUCUAUUCAGACUGAAAAAAUAAAACGGCUAAUUCAACCACAUUUUAAUAUUUCCAGGGUUUUUUGGUAGCACAACUUUUCAAAAUAAAAAAAGCCUCCAUUGCUCAUUUUGCACUUGUUAUAUUGUUUAACACUGCUAUUAUACCAAUACAUUCAUGAUUUUAUUGUAAAAUAUCUUGAUUAAUAAAUAAAGAUAGGUCAGUUUUUGGUAACUCGCUCUUAAUCCAUUUAAUUUCACCCACUUUCUUUUUCUUUUGUACUAGUUUCUUCAUUUGUUUCAUUCAGUCACAUUCUUCAUGGAAAUGUAUGUUGUUCAGCAAAAAAGGUCCAUUCUCCACUGUUAAAAGUGUAGCGAUGCAUGAAACACCACGCAAAUUCGUGUGAAAAAUGUUGAGGGGGAAAUGUUCUGCCUUUGCGCAAAACUCCCGAUAGUGCGUAUUCCUCUUGAAAUGAUUUGAUGUCACUGGCAAAAUUUCGCAGAGAAACUGUAAAUGUGAAUAUCUGAAUACACACGCUAGUUUUCAUACUCAAUCAUUGGUCUGUCUUGUCCAAGCUGAGUGUUAUAAACCCACAACCUGGACGGAUUUUAGACCAGCUCUCACUGCCAUCGGAUCCAUAGUUCCCCGCUACUAUUUUUCCAGGCCUGCGUCUGGAGUUUAAAGACCCUUUGAAAUCUAAAUAACUAUUUUGUGGAUUUUACACCAAUGUCAGUUAGCUUUGAGACCAUCUACAUGCUAAUGUACUGCUAAAAGUUGACAAACCUUCAGUACCACCUGCCUCUAACAAGCAAUAUUGAGUAGCAAAUCAUGAUUUUCCUAGGCUGUGAUGUAAACUAGGCUAUUUUAUAAAAAGACAAGCCCUUUGAACUUGUUUUAAUACGAAAAAAAAAAAUUGCAUUCAUCAAACCAUUUCAUGGGGUUUCUAAAAUGUUUAAUAGACCUGUAUCUCAAUGCAUCUUUUCAAUGCACCUCCAUCUCAGUUCACCUUUUACAGUUUUUCUCAAUUGCUUUGGCACAUUUUUUCAAAACAGCCUUAACAUUUUCUAAACUGUAAGUUCAAUUGUCACAACUGUUUGCUGGAACAUUGGAACUCUAUUGCAUGUCUGCAAAAUGUAGUUACUCACCCAAAACAUUUAAUUCAUGCUUCAAAACCUAGUUAUUGUGUCAGUAAAUCGGCCAAUGCCAUCAAAAUAAAUAAGUAUUUUUGUCAUCGUGUUAGCCACACUGGUCAAAAUGUUUAGAUGUUUUUUCAAUAUGGAAAUAUGUUAUAUACAAAGUGUAUGUGUUUUCUACUUUUUAGUUGACACUGACUGCUUUCUACACUGUACAAGAAUGUCAGUUUUGUCUAGAUGAAUUCUCCUGUGUCUCACACUGAGCUUUUUAGAUACAGAUUUCAGCAGUAGGUAAAAAUUUACUAGGAAAAGUCAAUACUGUAGUACACAAAAAGAAAAUGGGCAUUUGGUCAAACUUUAUAUUAGGUGUGCCUGUUACAGUGUACUUAUUUAUUGUAUUGCAAAACAUUUGUGCUUCUAUUUAGGUGGAUAUGGGUAAGGUUAGAUGUAUAGGUAUGUUUAGGGGUAAGGGAAUAGUGAACAGUGUAAUUACAGCUGUAUUUUUUUAUUUUUUUUAAAUACAAUGUAAAACUUUUAAGUGCAUUGUAUCAAAUGAUUCAUUUACAGUAAAUGUUAGUACAAAGUAGUUAAAGACACCUAAUAUAAAGUGGGACCAAACAUUUUGAUUUACACAGCACAUUUAUUGUUGAAGACAUGUCUUACAUGUAAACUGGAAAUUCACAGUUGCUUGUUCUUUUUUUUUUUUUUACAUAUUCUAUACAGUAUGUCUUUCCCUAACACCACACAUUCUUACAUAUCUUCCCAUUGCUCUUCCACGACAAGCAACUGUGUUUAGUCAGUUUAUAUAUGUAACACAUUUCUACAAAAAUAAACUGCUGUUGCUGUUUAGGGAUUUAGACGUUCCUGCAAGUUCAACAGUAGCAAUGAUUGUGCUGGGAAAACUCCAUAUAGCCUAUUGUAUGCUUCCAAACUUGAUUGGUUGAUAGGUGAGAUUGUGAUUCCUAUUACAUUACAACAGCAGCCCAUUUGCCAGUUUAGCAGACAUCACAAAUAUUCCAUGUCAUAGGUAUUUAUGUAAUAUACAUGCAUGUCUAACAGAUUUUGAUAACUGAACGGAUCAUUUUACAUGCAAUGGCUCACACGAUGAAAGAAUGUUUAGUUGUGAAGAGUUGUUUUAGUUAAGUUGUGAAUAGUUUGACAGUUUCACUGAGAAUCCACUCAUCAGUUUUGAUCAACAAGCCAUGUGUAUUUAGAUAUUGUGCAAAUUGUAUACAAUUGUAUUUAGUCUUUUGAACAUAUGUGCCAAAACACAUGCAAAUUGCUUAAAUCAAUAAGAAAUCCAAAUCUGAUGUGAACAGAAACAAAUUGUUCAGAGACCUGAACUUAUUGUUUUGAGAAAAAAAAAGUCUUGUUCGAGAAUUGAACCAAAGCGACUGAGAUGAACUGUAAUACAGGCCAUUGAGUUAACAUUUUUGUUUAAAUCCUGCAGUUUGGAGGACUUUUGGGUAUUGUUUGUUUCUUUUUCUUUGUGAGACUAUUGAUUUGUAGCUGAUUCAAUGGAUGCAUCUACGUCAGUGUUCAGGUGGCAGCAGCCAUUGACGUGGCUGAUCUCCAGGCCUGUUUACAGUCAAACAGUGGGCCUUUUUUAAAAAGACAUUAAGGAAUAAUAUAUCAUUUCUAUCUGAAAGACUGGAGUGGGGAUGUGGACUAUGGACAGACCAUCAGCACUUCUCCAUGGAAUAAAAGCUCCCUUUAAAUUCACUACAUUUAAUACUUUGCACCAAAGUCACUGACAUCACGGACCGUCCAACAGGUCUUCCUCCUACCACAAGGACUGUUUUGUAACCAGAAAAAACAGUGCCAUAAUAUCAGCAGGUGCUUUUUCAUACCACAGCAGAGAAGUAUCUCAAAUACAAAAAACAAAAAAAAAACAAAACUGCAAAUCAACUGAGCUCUGCAUGAAGUAUCAGAUUCCAUGUUUAUCUUUAUUGUAUGUGUUUUCUGUUUUCCUCUGUAAAUGAUCUCUUAUAUAUUCCUGAAAUUGUUUAUUAGAUUAAUCUUUACAGGAAAAAAAAGAAAAGUAUAUUUGUAUAACGAAUAUAUUGACAACUCAAUUCCCAAAUAAGGACCAAAAACCUGCCUGCUGAAGUCCCCAAUGUAAUGCAUGUUUUUGAACACAAGCAGGGGCUGUUUCUCCAUAAUGUUGUAGGACUGAAUAAAGGUCAACUGACUGUAGGGUCUCUCAUAUUAAACAUCAAGACAUUCAAA